UGUUCUUUCCCAUAUUAUAGAACUUCAUGGAAAGACCAAUGUGAGAGUGUGAGAGUCAAAGUCAUCAAACAAGUCACGAAGAAAUUAAAGCAACCCUCUCCCCUCACUCACCAAACCAACACUGCAAUGGCCAUUGUCAGUCAGUCUAUUGGGUUGCAUUCGCGGUCAACUCCAUUCCCAACACGCCCAGAACAAGCAUCUUCCCAUGAAUUUCCACUUUGAAAAACGCAAAUCCCAUCAUCGAGGCACCAAUAUCUCUCUCUGUAUCUCAUGUUAUUCUAAUUCCAUUUCUUUUUAUUCUCGUCUCUGCUCUUUUCCUCACUCUCCUGUCUCCUUUCCUCCCCUUCUCAAUCCUGACAAGUAGUCUUCUUUACAGCUUAAAAUGAGGAGUUGCAUUUACAGGCUUUGUCUGCUGAUAUAUUUCUUCUUCUGUUUAUACCCUUUGGUCUUCUGUCAACUAGCUUCAAACCAGAAGCAGCUAAUGAUCAAUAUUUCUCAGCAGCUUGGCAUCUCAAAUUCACCUUGGAAUUCUACAAAGGAGCCGAACCCGUGCCGCUGGGAAGGAGUUACAUGCAACAUCCCUCUCAACAACUCCAUAGUCUCUCUUUCUUUAUCCGGGUUUGGUCUCUCUACCUCUAACUUUCUACCUAUGUUUUGCCAGAUUGAUUCCCUGCAGUCUCUUAACUUGUCAAACAACAUUUUGGUGUCAAUCCCAGUUGAGUUUUUCAAUAGUUGUGGAAGGAUUGAUGGGUUAAAGAGCUUGGACUUUAGCAACAACAAGUUGGUUGGUUCUUUGCCUACUUUUCAUAAAUUUGUUGGAUUGGAAUCCUUGGAUUUUUCUUUCAAUUCUUUGAGUGGGAGUAUUAAUUCUCAGUUAAAUGAUUUGAGUGCACUCAAAAUAUUGCAUCUUGUGCUUUCUAAGAAUAACUUCACAGGUCCAAUACCAACUGAAAUUGUAAUCUAUCAGAAUUUGGUCCGGAUUGAUCUUAGUUUUAAUAGCCUCAGUGGACAAAUUCCUGCAAGUAUUGGGAACCUCACCAAGUUGCAAGUCCUCAUUCUCUCUUCCAAUCAGUUGACAGGGUUGAUCCCUGCAACCCUUUCAAGUAUCACAACGCUGCGGAGGUUUUCAGCCAAUCAAAACAAAUUUGUUGGUUCAAUUCCUAGUAAUAUCACAAAAUUUCUCAGUAUUUUAGAUCUUAGUUAUAAUAAUUUAAUUGGGGGAAUUCCAUGGGACUUUCUGUCACCAUCAAACUUGCAGACCGUGGAUUUGUCUUAUAAUAGGUUGGAGGGACCAAUACCUGGAAGAAUGUCUUCAAGUUUGAUCAGGUUAAGAUUGGGUAGCAAUUCACUCAGUGGCCCUAUCUCUUCAAUAGAUUUUGCAUCACUUAAGAAUUUGAUGUAUUUGGAGUUGGAAACAAACAGCUUUACUGGAAUGAUACCUCCAGAAAUCGGUUCUUGCUCGAAGUUGGCACUCUUGAACUUGGCUCAGAAUCAGCUGAAUGGAACGUUGCCGGUGGAGCUGUUUAAUCUUACUAACCUUCAGGUUCUGAAACUGCAACUCAACAAGGUUGGUGGUGAAAUCCCAAGUCAAAUUGGCCAAUUGCGAAUGUUAUCCGUACUUAAUAUCAGCUGGAAUUCGCUCAAUGGCAUCAUACCUUCGUCAAUUUCAAAUUUUAGAAAUCUUGUUAACUUGAACUUGCAAGGCAACAAUCUCACUGGUCCUAUACCUGAUCAAAUUAGCAACUUGAAUUCUCUGCUAGAAAUCCAGCUUGGAGAAAAUAAAUUGAGUAGCAAGAUUCCCUCUAUGCCACUAAAUUUGCAGAUUUCUUUGAAUCUCAGUUGGAACCUCUUUGAAGGACCCAUUCCAAAGACUCUUUCUGGACUGUUUAGUUUGGAAGUUUUGGAUCUCUCUAACAACAAAUUCUCAGGUGAAAUUCCUGAUUUCCUGCUUGGUUUGUCUUCACUGAAACAGCUAAUACUUUCCAAUAAUCUGCUAUCCGGAGUUAUUCCCAAGUUCAGUCAACAUGUUUCAGUCAAUACAAGUGGAAAUCCAGGACUUCAAAAUGCAACAACAAAUUAUCCAGUGUCAAGUAACAAGAGAACACGAAUUGCUGUGACAAUUCUCAGUACAAUUGCGGCAGCUGUUCUUGCUAUAGGGUUAGUUGCGAUUACUGAUCUGCUUAUCAGAAAAUAUAUACACAAAACAGAAAGAAUUUUGCGUUAAAAAAAAAAUUAUUUCCCAAAUUUGA